GCCCGCGCGGGGGCCGGCCCUGCCUCGCCGGCGCCUUUUCCCCCCCGCAGCGCGGCGCAGCUCCGCCACUCGGGCACUGCAGGUAGGGCGGGAGGCUGGAGCGCCCGCUGCCCGCUGCCCGCCGCCCUUAAAAUGGUCACCUCGGUCGGACAGCUCGCCCUGUUCGCGCUGGGUAUCUUGUUGGCUGUGUGCCAGGCCCUGGAGAACACCACAUCCUCCCUGAGUGCAGAGCCCCCUGUGGCCGCAGCUGUGGUGUCCCACUUUAAUGACUGUCCGGACUCCCACAGUCAGUACUGCUUCCAUGGAACCUGCAGGUUUUUGAUACAGGAGGAGGAACUAGCCUGCGUGUGCCAUUCUGGGUACGUAGGUGCCCGCUGUGAGCAUGCGGACCUCCUGGCCGUGGUAGCAGCCAGCCAGAAGAAGCAGGCCAUCACUGCCUUGGUUGUGGUCUCCAUUGUGGGCCUGGCUGUCCUCAUCAUCACGUGUGUACUGAUACACUGCUGCCAGGUUCGAAAACACUGUGAGUGGUGCCGGGCCUUCAUCUGCCGGCACGAGAAGCCCAGUGCCCUCCUGAAAGGAAGGACUGCAUGCUGCCACUCAGAAACAGUGGUCUGAAGAGCCCAGAGGUAGAGCUCAGCCAGGAGGAUUCAGCAGCCAGAUGGAGAAAGAACUUCCUGAGGAUGGCACAUGGGAUGCCUGGGACAUGCCAGAAGACCUUUCCUGUUCUGCCUGCGGCCACCUGUGCAAUCUCUUUAUCUCUAAGGGGUCUUCUAUCAAAACUCUGUCAAGAACUCUGUCUGUUUGGGGUUAUGUGGUGUGACCUAGAGAAGAAAUCGACAGACCAUCAUUUAAAGAUUGGUCUGAAACUAACUGCAAUGGGAUGAACUUUCUGUUUGCCUAGCUAAGGUGUGUGUGGCACUUGGCAUCUGUGUUCAGAUGUGUGUCUUCUGCCCAUCAUUGGUGCCAGCGGUGUUUCUCAUGGGCCCAUUUCCCUCAGCUGCACCUAUACUGCCCAACACCGAAGAUUCCUGUAGCUGUGACAGUUUUUGUCCUAUCCUCUUUGGGGAGGAAGAAGGUAGAGACAAGCUACCUGCUCAUUGUGAUGUGAAGGUGCCAAGUGUCCCAGAGGAGCCACAUCUGUCUUCUAUCCAGUCUCUCCCACCAGCUCAGUGUCUUCCACGGACACACUGAGGACCUUCUCAGGCCAUCACCACCCUUGGAGAUAAUGUCUUAUUUAUUAGAUGGAUGAUAGGUUGUUUUUUUUUUUUUGAUCUCUUAAGUCAAUGUAAAAAAGCGUAAAACUCUUUCAGACUUCUACAUGAAUAAUGUAUGUGGCACUGGCUGUAAAAUUAUACUGAUUAGAAGUGUCUGGCCUCUUCAGAACAGCUAAGGCUUGGGAAAAGCCACUUGGGGCAGGGGGGAUGGGAAGGGGGCAGGGCAGAAAUAAAAGCAGAAGAUGAGUCACUGAUGGGAACAAAGACUGGAAUUAAGAGGUUGUGCCAUUUAAGACAUGAAGCAGGUUAAUGUCCCUGGAUACCUCUUGGUGGACUCUAGCAAGUCCAGCUGAGGAGACUUGCCACCACUGUCGGGGAAAGAGAACGGCUGCCUGUGUUGAUGGCAGUACUGAUGACAACGUCUGGUGGUUAAAUGUGUGCGCUGCCUCGGUGAGCCCAUGAAGAAAGAGGAGACUGAGAACAGCAUGAGCAGAGUGUCGUGGGCAUUUCGGGCCACAUCCAUGAAAGAGGAGCCAGUUAUUUAUUUUCCUGGUUGUUGCUAGGUUGAUUUGUUGCUUUGCUUGUAAAAGGAGAAAUUUAGCUUUCCUAUUUACUUUCAAGCAUUGAGAGAAAUAUUCCAGUGACUCUUAAUUUUCCAUUCAAGAUGCUGGUUUUAUUUAACAGAAGCUGUAACAAGCCACUUCUGCCAUAUAGGGCUCAAUUUUCUCAGAGGAGAAAUGGUUCUGAGUGUCUAGGCCCAUUCUGGCCCACUGGGCCUGCCAAUGGGAAGCAGUGAACACCCCCCCCACUCAACAUUGGGGAGCUCACCCCUAAGAAUGUUCUUAAAAUUUGGGAAACAUAGAGCCAGGCCGUGGCACACCUGGGUGAGUGCAGGCAUAUAUGUUAAAAUUUGGGAAACAGACAAGUAGUGAAAUAAUAUACACACUAUUUAUGUGAGGGAAUUCUUUAUUCAUGAACAUCUGGAGAACAAGCUUCUACUAUUUAACCCAUCAGUGAAUCUAACUCAUCACAUCAUAAAAGGGACCUUCAAAAUAUGUCAAGUUGAAAUUUCUACCAGGUAAUUUUGUCUUCUCCUAAUUCUCCUUCCCUCCUAUUUCCAUGGAUUUCGUCCUCAUUUCUUAUGACUAAAGCAACUAUAGUAGUCAACCCCUAUCUGAACCUUGCCACUUUCAUUAAAUGAUGCUGUAGCCAGAGCACUAAGAUCAGAAGUGGCAUCUCUUCACCAGCUGUCUCCCAACAGUGUAAUGGACACAGCUCCCAGGUUUUGUUAUAAAAAGAAGCAGGUUUAGGUCUGCACUCCCUACGCUUGUCUUCUUGCAGCAGACCAGUGGGAUGAUGAGACAUUAGUGGAACAUGUCUUGCAAAGAUUGAACCCAACUGACACUGGUUAUAGCCCCCUGUGUGCACUCGCUUUUCUCAGCAGGCUCUCCUGAAAAUUGAGAGUCUGACGCAGAGAGAUCGAUGGAAGUGGAGUCACAGUCAUUUAAUUUUAGCUUGAGAUCACAUUGUCACUAUGGGACAAUCACUUCCCCAGUCUUUCAAGAAGUCUCUGAGGUCCGAUUGCCUUCAAAGAGAAUUAGCACAAAACAUUUUGUUUCUGUGGGGUUCUCUUCACCUAACGGAUAAAGUCAAGCCAUUAAGCAAUCCAAGAACCUUUGUAAAGGUCUGAGAAGAGGAGAAUGGAAACAAAGGGAACUUCUCUGCUUUCCUGAAGGAACUUGAUAUUUAAUGUCCAUAAAUGUACUAGUCCUCAGGUUCAGCCAAUCACAGCUUCCCAGAUUCUCUCCCUUGUGCCUGUACAACCAUGCAGUGAACCAUCUGGGACAUAUACCUCCCUCAAAGUGCCUCCAGAAUCAUCUUUUUUACCAGUGGGUCUGAAAAAUGUUGGAAGGAGAAGGUGGGGCUAACGCAGGCCUGGUUGGGCCUUUGUCCACACCUCAGGAUGUGAAAACCUUCCUUCUUUAUUGAUUUUUUUUUUCAGAAAUCAGAUAGCCAAUAGAAUUAGAUUCCAUGCCAGCUCACUACAUUGACAUUUAUUUUGUUAGCUUUGGAAAAUAACCUCUUUUCAGGUUGCAAAAUUCACGUUCUAUUCCAUCUCUAAUAAAAAUGCCACCUUUUCAGAUUUAAAAUUUACCUCCCUUUCUAUCACUGUAGGCUACCUAUUUCCUCAUGCUUUAGAAAGCCAAGUGUCCAUUAUGAUGAGGGAAUUAUUCCUAUAAACAGGAACAUUAUUCCUAUGUUACCAGUGUCUAUCUCAGGAGAAAAAGAAGCACUUUUAAGAAAGGAGGAUGCUUCCAAAUCUUUUGUAGAAUGUGGGUUCUCCCACUGCUCUAUAGGCAGUGACUUCUCUAAACACACAGGCAGGAAACCCCUUCCAGAUGAUAAGAUACACAGCAGCCAGCAUGGAUUUAGAAGGCACAUCUGGAUACACAUGGCACCAAGGAAGAGCUGAGCUUGUCAUUCUGUCCCAGCAGAGGAGGUAGGCAGUAAGUGCCCAGAGUCUGUUUUCCUAGAAAUGAAGGAGGAGGCAGGACUGGCAGUCCCCCACCCACACUGAUGAUGGAGGGGAUAAGGCUCUAGAGCUUCUUGAGAAACUACACACUACAGGUGGAAAGAAGUAGCAUCUUCUGGUCUUCUAGGGCCAGGAUGUCCCAGUGUGCACAGGCCUGCUGGCUGCUCUUCUAGUCAAUUUUGGCAGGGAUGUAUCAACAAGCUUCCAACAUUGCUCAGGAGACCUUCCCCAAUCUCUUUUUAAAUGGCCUGAGUUUUGAUUUCUCUCAACCUGCACACUCAUUGGCAGUGGAACUGAGGGUAGAGGCAGGAUUUGAAAACCCAGGACAAAGAUAGAUAUCACAGAAAGAAGACAAAUACACUUACUCUUAAUGUUCUAACAUAAGACCUGCUCUCUCUAGCCACUGAUUAUAGCAAAGUUUCCAAAAUAUUUAAUGGUAAACAUACACAGUAAUAAUAAAAAAAAAUUCCCCAGUGUAAUAACUUACGGAGUGCUCAAUUCCUCAUUAUUGUUAUAACCCAAUGCCUUUUUUUUAAGAAUCUGUUACUCUGAUUUGUGUAUAUGUUGCACUGAAAAGUUAAUAUUUAAAUGUUUUAAUUUAUUUUGUGUGGUAAGUUAAUUUUGAUUUCUGUAAUGCAUUAAUGUGAUUAGCAAUUCCUUUCCUUAAUAUCUGAAUUGUACUUAUUUAAAGCAUAGUGAGAAAUAUAAAAUACAGUUGUGUUUUACAGUAAUGUGCAUUGUUCAGUUGUACUGUACCUUGUUUGAAAGGAUGAAGGAAUGAACUUUUUUUUCCUAAA